CAGCUCGCAGCUGCCAGGCAGCGCGCGGCCGGCGACCCCCGCUCGCAGUCGCGGCUCGACCGGCGCGGAGCGAGGUCCCUGGGUGCGCGCGCUCGCGUGUGGUACAGUCUGCAGCGCCGUCGACCGGCAACCUUGCCCGAACAGCCUCCAGCGGAGAAGGAUCAACAAACAACACCACUCCAGCACGCUUUCUCCUUCCGGAGAACAACUAACUUAUUCCACUGUGACAAAAGACUACUCCGACAAAAUGUGAAGAACGACGGAAACUGUGUUAAUGUACAACCGUUAUUUAAUGCACGGAAGGUAGUACAAGUCGCGCAGGCUUCUACACCUUUCUCGUCCCGUUCGAAAGCCAGUCACGUCGGUUAAACCGGGCACGUAGGGCCUAACUCGCAGCCCAGGGACCCGGGGCGAUUGUUUAACAUCAGUUUGGACGGGAGAAGGACGAGCGACCCCAACGAGAAAAGUUCCAAGGAGUGAUUGUUUUGCCGAGCAUUUACGAAGCUGAUCUCGGUGCGAGCUGGACUGAGACCCGGAGGAUCUGCGAUCUCGUCCAGCGCGCGGCGGGGGAUGCGGCGAGGCAGCUAGCGGACAGGAUGGCGACGGUGCCGGCGCUGUCCAGCCCCUUCCAGCAGCGCGACGUGGCCGAGUGGUCGCGACUGGACCGCCUGACGGGGGUGCUGGAGCGGGCUCGGCGGGAGACCGACCACUGGAAGGCGAGCCGCGGCGGACACACCGGCAACUACAACAAGCAGGUGGUGGACUGCCGCGCCAGGAACGCGGCGGACGGCAGCCUCCAGCAGCGACACAAGAAGCAGCUGGAAGUGUUCCAGGCGCAGGGUCCAGGCGGCAGCCUCCAGGUGAUCCGCACGCAGAGCGUCACAUCCACCAGCUCGGGCAAGGCGUCGCCCUGGCUCAGCCCGGCCUUCGACAACCUGCAGCUCACUCUAAACCCUUUAGACCUGAGCUCCCAGAAGACGAAGGCGAGCGUGGGCCGCAGCGGCUCCAUAGGCGGCCGGCGACCGCCGUCCAGGCCGCGCAGCCUGGUGGACCGCGCCAUCGACGAGGAGACGGGCGCCCGCCUGUCGGAGGUGUCCCGGCUCUGCCAGCAGAUCCACGAGGACAGCGGCUCCUUCAGGAGGUCCGUGUCUGAGCGGCGGUCCUAUAGGAGCUCCGGCUCGACCGGCUCCUUCAACGGCCACGAGGCCGUCGGCAGGAAGAAGAGCUCGUCCACCGAGGACCUCCCGGAGGAGGUGGACGAGUGGCGGAGGUCGUCCAAGGUCAGGAGGUCCUUGCAGCUGUCGCCGAGGUCCUCCGUCGCCGCGGAGGACCUUCCCCCCAAGGGCAGCGUGCAGAAGCUCAAGCAGGAACUGGAAGGCAGGCGGAGACUCGACAUAAAGAGUCUGCGAGGCCACGAGGCUUUUGAGAACGUGCUCAAAAGGGGCGAAGACAUCAUAAACAGCGAGGCGCUGGGCUUCCGCGUCGUCGGCGAGAAGCACGAAGACGCCGCGCCGAAGAAAAACAAGCGAAAUUCGUUUGUGACAGUUGAGUCGUUGAAAGAAGUGCGAGAGAGACUGCGUCGCACUGGAUCUCCUGUCGAGGACCCAAGCAAAGAUUCGGAAGAAACUGACGACGGUAUUGUGACGGAGGAUUUCACCAAGGCAGACAACGACGAGAAAAUGGAGGACGUGCCGGCAUCUCGUGUUAAAUCAUACGUGUACGGCAUGGAGACACAGACUAAAAGUGGCCGGGAGGUGCGUAAACCACCACAAGGGACCGGUAGUUUAGAAUCGAGGACGUCAAACAGAUCCAGCAGCAGUGGAGGAAGCAGAACUGAAGAAUGGUACAACAGGAGAAAAUCGUACGGUUUCGAGCAAGUGCACGGCGGACAGGCGCCCGAGCAGCCCAGCCUCGCGAAGCUCAGGGAGAAGAACAGAGUGGAGUCUUCAACUGACAGCGGCAUAUGCAGGUCGACUGAAGCUGUUGGUCUUCUGCCGUGGCAUCGAGCUUCUCCGACCAAACUAAAAAGUGAUGAUGCAGCUGCAAAUAACUGGCGUGAGCCUCAUAAAGUAAGUCGCAUUAACAAUUUAAAUAGCGUUCUUGUUCAUGACGAAAAGAGUUUCGAAGGACGAAGGACAGUUGUAACUUUAGGGGUAGAGACAGCCAAUAAAGAUAACGCUCUUUUUAUUUCCGAACCUUUGUUGGAGAAGCCGAGCAGCGAGGGCACUGUCGGGAUGAAGAAGUCAGCUGAAGGUUCUAAAGGUGUGCAGAUACUCAUUGACAACCUCAUGGCUAGAGAAAAUCGGCGUUUGUCAAAUCCUGUUACUAUAACAAUCCCGAUAACCUCAGAGGACACCUCUAAGGAAAAGGGAAUUGUGGAUAAUAAAAGGCAAUAUUUCCAACAGCUGUCCGGCAGUGCUGUUGCCAGGAACUGGAAAAGAACUCCCGUCACAUUGAAUGGACAUGAUGGCAGUCUUAGUACUAAGCAGUGGAAAGAUGGUGAAGCAUUACAACCCACAGAAUGUGAGCUGAAAAGGCACUCAAUAGCUGUCGAUGAGUCCAAGUAUGUGAGAGGUACCUACACUGAUUACAACACUGAAAAUGGCUACAGUAGUGGAAUAGAACAGUCUGGUGUGAAAUCAUCUUUAACGUCUACAUCGUCACCUGAUUUUGCAAAGCGGCAUGGAAACUUGAGCUUUGCAUCGUCUUGGUCGAGGGAUCCAAUUGGUCCAGGCAUCCAUGUGUCCUUCACGAACAACACCGCAGAGAAUAAAACGACUGCCGAGGAGGAGGAUGACAGUGACCAGAUGUUGAUGGGGAAGAAAACGAAACGAGUCGAGUUCUGCAAGACGGAAGUUCAUUUCGCAGCAGAGCCCGGUCGUUUUAACAUCGUCGAAACCAAUGAAAAGCCUCCGCCUACAAACAUGUUCCGCAGGAGGCGUAGGAGCAAUCCUGUUCCCGAACAGCCAAAGAGUGGACUGCCAGAGGUGAGAUUUGGCGAUUCUCCAUACGAAAAGUCCCUCCUUGCAAGUGCAGAUGUCACAGAAACAGUAUCAGCGCCAGAUGCUCCGAGGAAUUCUAACAGUCGCAGAGAGACAUUUGAAGAAACUGGAGAAAAGGAAGAUAGUGUUUUCACUGAAUCAAACGCCACUAUAUUUCCUCCUGAGGAAUUAGGGUUUUCUGACCAAACUAACGAAAAUCAGGAUAAUUUGAUGUCAGCCGACAGCCAGCCAAAAGGAAUACUGAAAAACAAUAGGAAGCCCCGACCAUUCCAUUUAGGUGAGGAAACUGAUCUACUCACAAAUGAAGAAAGCAGCAGCAAGUGGAGUACGCCUUUGAGAUCUGUCCAGGUCAAGGAGGAAGAAUCUCGGGUUCCAUGGAGAUCCAACGUGAUGCUGAGGCAGUCUGCAGACAAUGUGGAGACCAGAGAAACUGAACUACAGAAGUUACUGAAAUCUCUGAGGCCUGCGAGUCAACGACGAAGUUUCGAAGAUUCUCAGGAGAGGAAGAGUGCCUCUGAAGUGAAGAUAUCCGUAGCCGACCGUGUACGACAAGUGGAGAGCAAAGGAUACUCAACCAAGGUCAACUUUGGAGUUGGUGAGGCGACAGUUGUCGAGCAUCCUCCAGAAGAUGGAGACCGGUCCAAACCAUCCUGGCUUUACAAGGAAGAACCUGAAGGACAAGAUUCACGCGAAGACAAAGGACUUGUCAUUCGAAUCGGUAAGGACAGUAGAGAGAGACAGACGAACCGAGGGAGGUCGGGCAUAAAGCCGAACCUUCCCAAAACUAGAGCCGAGGAAUGCCCGAGAAAGACUUCGACGACCAUCACAAUCGACCUGACUCCUUCGCCGGUGUCUGAAGAGAAACCCGGUGCCCUGUUCGGAAGUUCGAAAGUCAGGACCAAACUCAAGUGCGCCGCGGACUCGGGGAAGCCGGAAGUGUUGCAAUCGCCUUCGCUCAUAAUGAAGACGAUCGGCAAACCGUUCACCCAAGUUCAGAAGUUGUCGAAGCAGUUCGAGGAGAAGUCCACCAAGAGCAGCCGCUCGGUGAGCCUGAGGACCAUGUCGGACGAGGGGGAGUCCGUCGCCGCGGAGGAGGGCCCGAUGGCGGUGCCGAGCCAGUUGGCGGCCCUGCGCGAGCUCUACGGCCAGAGCGACGACAGCGAGCAGGCGGACGAAGAGGUGCGCUCCAUCCUGAGCGGCGGGGGAGAUGAGCAACCGGACAAGGACGAAGACGACGAGGCCAGUGUUCUGUCGGGCAGCUGGAGUCGCGUGCGAGGCAUCCGCAACGUGCGGCACCAUUUCAGGACGUUCAGUGGGGCGUGCGCAGGACAAGAUGCGGCCCCAAACGUACAUCGUCAGCACCAAGUAUCCGUCGCAACUGCGGUGCUGCCAUCUUACGCGGACUCUGACAGGCUGAGAUCAGUCGAGACUUUGGUGAGCACGAGGUCUGGGAGGCCGAAGAUCACAUCCAUAUCCCUGAGGUAUGACAGCGACCAUCCGACGCCACAGUCGGACCGACGUCGCUCCGCCAGACCGGAGUUGUCGCCCCCGCGCGGUGAGGCGGCGCAGAAACCAGCCUGUCGAAGCCAGGAUGCCUUCAUGCAAACUGAUUUCCUGGCCGAAAAUCAAUCAUCACAGCAAAAAAAUGAAAAAUUUCACAGUUCUAGUUCGGUAUUUAGAGAGAAUGUGUACAUGGGCCACCCGAAAACUAUCAAACUAUCAUCUGUUAAAAAAUUUCCAUCCCCCCAACCUCCUAAAAGCUAUCUCACUACUGAAGAAAAGAGAAGUUCUCUACUUCGUGAUGAAAAGAACUUCCAACAUGUAUUUCACCCAUCAAGAAAAGAAUUGUCAUCCCCAUCCAACAGAAAGUAUGAAAAUGUGCCACUCCCAUCUUCCAAGGUAAAUAAAUACGAUGAUAGUGACCAUGACUACGAGGAAAUCAUGCCACUUCCCAUCUCACAGACGCCAGUGAGUGUGCCAAAUAAUGCUGAAACUCGUUCAUCUGUCUUGUCAACCGCAUGCGACAGAAAGGUAGCCGUGACGAAAACUACCGCAAGUUGUCACAGGAUUUCUCCGAGCAAGGAAGCCCCUGAUGUCGUGAAGCCUUCUCGCAGCUCUUCCGCGACACGAGGAUCGACCACGCCUGUCCACCACAGCGGCCACGAGAGGAAGCGCUCUCCGUCGCCGCGAAGCUCGAGCGUGCAGAGGGGUGAGGAGAGGAAGGCCUACUGGGCACGGGAGGAGCGCGCGGCGAGGCACCGGUCCACCUCCCGGGGCCGGCAGGAGGCCCCGAGGACAGCCGAGCAGAGGCUGGAGGACGACAUGCUGGCGUCGGAGUCGCGGGUGCACCAGAGCGCGGAGGCCUGCCGGCGGAUAUCGGCCGGCAAGGACGCGGACUCCGCCAUCUUGGAGGAGCUGACGCGCGCGGCCGACCAGAUCCUGCAGGCCGUGAACGGCUACACGGACGAGGAGUCGCGGCGCGCCAGCAGCGACGAGGACGGCGACGCUCGGCACCGCAAGGGGAGGAAGGCGGACCAGGUGAGGCGACCGGCCGCCACGUUGGGGACCAUCUCGGAGGGGCAGGCGACGCGGAGGAGGGCGGAGGCGAGACCCAGGCCCGGGCCGACUCGCGUCAGGACGUCGCGGCUGGGGCCGACCUCCUCCACCUCGUCGGUGGAGAGCUUCACGAAGGAGACCCGCAAGACAUCGAUGGUGCAGGCGCGGUUGCUGUCGAAGAAGGAGAAGUCCGGGAGCCUGGAGCGGCCUGGGCGGACAGCGAGGCUGCUCCAGAGGGCCACCAGCCGCGAGCAGCUGCUGAGCCACGGCAGUUCCUCUGAGGACAUCGCCCCGGGAGACGUGGCCCGGAGACCCAGGGCCCCGAGGAGGAGUCGGCCCACACCCUCCUCCGCCGGUGACAAGAAGGAGAGUCUGACGCAGACGAGUGCCAAGGCCAGGAGGGAGCCCACAGAGACAUCGAGGACCAGAGACAAGUCGUCGACAGCUGCCAGGUCGACGGCUGCUGCGACCAAGAGGUCCGCCGACGCGAACAUCUCCUCGCGCGCCGUCAGCUCCCGGGACCACGGCGCGAGGCUGCGGGAGGAGGUUCCUCGUCGCAGCCGGACAUCCACUCACGCUGGAGUGCUGUCGACGCGCCGUGGCACGGAGCGCCCUGCCCGCGGAGCCGAGAGGAGCUGUGGCGUCGCAGAGAAGAAGAAGACGGCCAGCGAGAGCCCUGGCAGCAGCAGACAGCAGAGCAGAGCUCUGAAGUACUGACUCCCGUCUCUGCAGCGCUUGGACCAGGCGCGCAGUGCGACAUCUCUCCGAUCUCCUUAAUUAAGUGUUCGCAGCAUCACGUGUGAUGUUUUUUUUACUCAAACAUGAUUAGAUUGUAUCAUAGAUUUUUAUAUAUUCAUAUACAGAUUUUGUCUUUAGUCACAGAUAAAUAUGUAGAGUUGUGUUUUAAAAAAUUUAAAAAGUCGUUGUAAGAUUGCUUUGUUAAAGAUUUCAUUUUAGACAGGAGAGUGUGUAAAUUUACUCAUGCAGCUUAAUUUUAUAUUUAUCUAUACAUCUGAGAACUGAAAAGUUUUGUUGUGCUAUAAGGUUUCAACUUAACAAUGGCUUUUUUUUUUACUGGGCCGAACUGAUCAGAUAGUAAUAGUUAUAUUCAAAUUUAAAAAGAGCUCUUUAAAUUGUAAAAAAAUAUCUCCAGUUUUAACAACAAUAAAAUUUGUUCAGAAUAAAAAAUUUUUUACUAUAUUGGCAUUACUUAAGGUGUGAAUAUAUUAUUAUAUGCCGAGUAGUAAAAUUCCAGAUAUCACGUUUUGUGUAACUACAGUUCAUUGAUUUUUGCAAGCCAUUUGUUUAAAAUAAUGUGUUACUGGAUUAUAGACCUGCUUUUUGUUAAAUAUAAUUUUUAUAUUAUUUUAAUGUUUGAUGAGUUUAUUAGUAAAAUCUUGCCAUAAGUGUGUAAUUUUUUGUGCUGUAACUUAUAACUUUAAUAUAUUACCUAAAUUUGUCACCGAACACAUUAAUGCAAAAUAUUUUUUUGUAUGAAAAAUUUUAUAAAUGAAUGUUUAGCAUUCACAAGUAGUAAUAUUAUUACAAUUUAGGUGUAGGAGUCUUUGAUGCUGUGAUUUCAUGAACAUACUUAAAGCACAGUUAUACAUCACUUAUUUGUAACUAUUAUUGUAGAGAUAUAACUGAUUUGCAAAAAAACAUUAGCCAAUUUAAACUGUUAGUGACUAUUAAUUCCAAUUAUGUACUUACUUUAAGGUUUAAGACUUAAACUAAGUAAAUAUUAUGUUCCUAUCGUAGGUUCAAUCUGUUAAAGAAAAUAUGUCCAGGAAAAUUAAUUUGUGAUAACUUUUGCUAACAAUUAUGUAUAUUUUAAAUGUAAUAUUUGUUAAACUGGUCUUCAAUAAGUUAAACAAAACUAAUUUUUUUGAUAUAAGAAUGUGUGCUAUUAUGUUUUUACUUGAAGCUUUUAAACUAUCUAUUUUGUGUUACAUAAAAAACUCUGCCACAUUCAGUAUAAGACUAUUAAUUUUGUAAAUUUAAGUUUUGCAUUUUGUACUUUUUUUUAAGUAUAGUAGUUAUUUUAUGUAUUUCUUGUUUUAGGAUUCCAUACAUAACAUUUACAGUAUGACAAAUUUGGUUUGUCUUUAGACAAAAACAUUUAACAUUAUGGUAUAUAAAAAUUUACAUUUUUAAUUCGUGCAAAGGGUAUCAACAUCAAUGCAUUAGAAUAUUGGGGUCCUAUUGCAGCUGUUAUUGCUUUUUUUGGUAAAAAGAAUUUCAUUUGAUAUUAAUUUAUAUUUAAGUAGAUUCUACCAUUUUUGAGUUUAAUACUGCAGAAUGUAUGUUUCUGAUAAAAGUGAAUGUAGCAACUAUUUGGUUAUUUGGUCAGUCUUACAAAAUUGCAAGGAUUGUCAUUUUUUAAAAUUAGCACACAAAACACCUCUUUCAUUUCAUAAAAUAUUUUUAAUGUAAAUUAUAUUGUUAGCUCAUUAUAAAACAUGGGAAUCAGAUGGUAGCUUUAUCCACUUUGAAGACUUAUAAUAAUGAAACAGCAAAUUGUUCAAAUAAUUAUUUUCAGAAUGUACAAAUUCACAUGCUAAUUGUAAAAUUUCUAAUUACAAAUUACAUUUACUUUUACCUCAAAUUAAUGUUUUUGUUUGUAUUUUAUGUUAAUGAUUAAGUGUAUGCAUUUAGAAAUUAUGCAAGGCAAGACCUUGCAUAAUAGUUGGUUUUGUGAUUGCUGAGCAGUGUUAUCUUUCAUAUACAGAGGACUUGUUUUCAGAUAAACAUAAUAAAAUAAUAUUUUGCUUUCCAUGGAUUUUGAAAUUUUUAUUCAAAUCCGGUUUACUGAAAAAAUAUCAAUAUUGGUUUCUUCUAAAAUAAAAUUGUGAAUGUGUAAUUUCACAAAUAAAUAUAAACCUAAUUAUUA